UGGGUCAUUUUCAUUUUUUCUUUUUGUAGUUUAGUGCUUUCAGCAACCUGCUUUUUGUUUUUGUGCAACCAAAUUUCCAAAAAAAAAAACUCCAUGGCUAUGAUUACCAUAACAUCAAACUGUAAGACAAGCCUCUCACAAACACUGCCCUAUGGAAGUAACAAUAACAAGCUUCGCGAGGCUUCAUUUUCUUCAUACCUGAACAGCGCCGAAGAGACUUUUGUACGUAAACUUGCAGCGUCAAGUCCUAUAAUGGGUGGCCAAGACGACAAUCUUUGCUCAGAAAGAAAGGGACAAAAAGAUGGAGAGAUUGGAGUAUUUAGUGCUGAGAAAUACUUUAACGGAGCAAUGGAUGACAGUCCGAGAAUUGUCAAAGUUGGUGCAAGAAACUACCCUUACGUGAAAGAUCAAGAACGAACUGAUCCAACUCUAGUGAAACCAAGAAUUCAGGCAGCUGGAACUCCAAGCGUUCGUUCUGAAUCAAGUUGGAACAGCCAAACUGCUUUACUGCAGAGUGUUCUGAAGCAUAAUAAUCCUAAUCCUAAUCCUAACCCAUCUAUGAAGAACACAAAAAAGCUACAAGGGAAUAGGUUUUUCGCUGGUCUCAGAUGUAAAUGUUAUUGUUCUGAUAAAGAUUCAGUUGAUAUCAAUGAACAUGGUGGUGAAACCAAUUUCAAAAGAAGUGCUGACAACGGUACAGUUCAAUCCAAAACAAUAAACACUACAGAACCGAUGAGCAAACCUGCAGUAAAAGAAAACUGCUUUAGUUUUCCGAGUAUGAGUUCUGAGACCAUUAAAAUACAUUCUCAAGAAAUUGAAGAAGAAAAGCCAAGGAAGUCAAUUGAGGUGUUUGGUUGCCCUAUGGUUGAAAAGAGAAACAAGUCUUUAAGCGUCGAGAGAAGGGAGACGAUGUUAUGCUGGGAGGAUGCAAGUCCAAGAAGAGAGGAAAUUGAAUUUUCAGCAACAAGUCAUGGUGAUAACUACUUCGAAACCGAGAGUGAUGCAAGUUCAGACUUGUUUGAAAUAGAGAGCCUCACAGGGAAAGGCAAAGGCAACCCUUUUCUUGCAAGGCAAGGAUCAGAUGCCACAUCUGGUUGUGUCACUCCAACAGCUUAUGCACCCAGUGAGGCGAGCAUCGAAUGGAGUGUAGUCACUGCCAGUGCUGCAGAUUUCUCAGUCAUGUCAGAUUGCGAAGAGGUAAGAGCCGCAGUAACUGCAACAAGUCCUGUGAAAACGUUUUCAAAUAUUGCUAAAACUAGGAGUAUUACAGCUGAGUUACCAAAGGUUAGACGUCCAAGUAUUUUGUUGGGUUGUAAGAAUGAGAAGGCUGUUAGAGUUGCAGGAGAUGCACAUUUGACUAGUCCAAAUCAGAAGGCAAAUAAUAAUUAUGAGCCAAGAAUUCGUCGAACGUCUGAUUCAUUUGCAUCAGCUGUGGCUGUGACGAGGUUUCAAGCUGAGACUAAAAUUACAGAUUUUGAUUCCAGACAAAGGCAACAUGCUCUUGCCGCAGCUGCCAACCGCACCCACUCACUUUCCAGAUCCAUCUCACCAUGUGCUUCUCAUCUUUUGUACAUUCAGUGAUUAGAGUCGGCUCCAGUUGGUUUCAGUUAAGGUUUUUUGACCAUGUAUGAUCAAAAUAGAUGUGAGUUGUACCGUUUCUUGCAAUUCCAGGGUUACUUAUUAUCAUUUG